AUGAUAACUGGGUCCGCCGUACUCUGGCUUGUGGUGGCAAUAAUUCUCGCACGUGCUAUAUAUCGAACAUUCCUCCAUCCCCUGAGUCACUAUCCAGGGCCGAAACUAGCGGCGAUAAGCAAUCUUCCCUACGUUACCUGGUGGCUAUCAGGAAACUUGCACCUCCGUCUCCGAGAGCUCCAUGACAAGUAUGGUGAGGUGGUACGCAUCCGCCCCGAUGCACUGACAUAUAGCUGCCCUCAGGCCUGGCAAGAUAUCUACGGUCACCGACGACAAGGAGACCCAGUGUUCAUUCGAGACCCGGAAUAUCACUCCUCAGCAUCCCAGGGUGCCGCUGCGCACAUGAUCAAUGCCCAAGAAACGGAUCAUGCCCGACAAAAGCGUCUUCUUUCCCAUGCCUUCUCCGAGAGGUCGCUACGGGAACAGGAAUCGCUGAUCACGUCGCAUAUCGAUCUCUUCAUCCAGCGGCUGGGCGCUUAUGCUGAUACGGGCACCAAAGCCAAUAUCAAGGAGUGGCUCAACUUCCUCACGUUUGACAUCAUUGGCGACCUGGCUUUUGGCGAACCGUUCGGAUGUCUGAAGAGCUCGGAAUGUCAUCCCUGGGUGUCCAUGAUCUUCAAGAGUAUCAAGACCGGAGCAUUCCUUCGCACCCUCUCAGUGUAUCCAGCUCUUGCUUUUGUCAUACGAAAGCUGAUGCCAGCGAGCCUGGUGCGGCAACGCGUGCAGCACUAUCAGCUUGGAAAGGAGACACUGAACAAGCGGUUGAGACAAAAGACUGACAGACCCGAUUUCGUCACAUAUAUCCUAAGGUAUAACGACGAGAGGGGAAUGCGGCUGCCCGAGAUCGAGGCGAACGCUACACUGAUUAUCCAGGCCGGCAGCGAAACAACGGCAACUGCACUGUCGGCGUCUAUCUUCUACCUCCAGAAGCAUCCUGCAUGGUGGGAGAAGACGGUCCACGAAGUGCGAGAGGAGUUCACUGCCAGCGAUGAAAUCGGAUUUCUUACCACGAGCAAACUGCCCUGCCUCAACGCAGUACUCGAGGAAAGUAUCCGCUUGUUCCCGCCUGCACCCUCCAUAAAUCCUCGACUGGUUCCUGAGGGAGGAGGUGUAAUCAAUGGGAGCUUUGUGCCUGGCGGGGUUUCUGUUUCCGUGCCACAUUAUGCCACUUAUCGCAGCGCGCGGAAUUUUGCUUUCCCGGAUUGUUUUCUUCCUGAACGAUGGCUUGGAGCCGCUCAGUACAGCGAAGACAGGCGAGAAGCAUUCCAGCCUUUCUCAUUUGGGCCGAAGGCGUGCAUCGGAAGGAAUCUUGCGUACGCGGAGAUGCGCACCGUUCUAGCCAAGCUGUUAUGGCACUUUGAUCUAACUAUGGACGAGAAAUGUAGUCGUUGGGAUGAAUCGAGGACUUAUGUGGUGUGGGAUAAACCGGAUCUCUGGCUGCGCCUCAGGAGGGCUAACAAAGAUGGAAAAAGCCCGUCAUCGUGA